CUCGAGUUCUCCGAGAGUUAGUGAGAGAGAGAGAGGGAGAGAGAUGAGACUGACAUGGAAGAACAAGAAGAAAGACAACAAGAAACGCUCUUUGGGAGCCAUAUCUGUGUACCCAGACCUCCCUUUCGAGCUCCAAAACGACAAUUCCCAACCCAAUACGACACGAGAGACUGGUGAUGAAGAGUCAGACGCUUCCAACAAAGACAGCACACAAAUCCAUCUUCUGAUCAGCCCUUCUUCCGAUCCUAAGCAACUCGCUCAGUCCUUUCUUGCCCAAGGAACCAAACUUGCCGAGGAGGCGAAAUAUCGAGAAGCAUUGGGGAAAUGGGAGGCUGCUCUAACUUUGACGCCUGAAAGUGCAGUUUUGCACGAACAGAAAGCACAAGUUCUUCUUGAAAUUGCUGAUGCAUGGAGUGCUUUGAAGGCAGCCACUCGAGCUACCGAAUUGGAGCCUUCAUGGGCUGAGGCAUGGAUCACCCUUGGCAGAGCCCAGUUGAACUUUGGUGAGCCUGAUAGUGCUAUACAAAGCUUUGAUAGAGCGUUAGCCAUAAAGCCUGAUUCUGAGGAGGCACAAGUUGACAGGCGUAGUGCGUUACACCUUGUAAAGAGGCGGAAGCAGCUGCAUUCAUCAGGCUUGAGCACAACUACAAAUCGUUAUGCGGUUGGCAAUGAGUCUGAAAGCUCCUGAAAUCUUUUGAAAAGAUAAUGGAAAUGAGGAUUUUAUUUUUCAAAUGUUUCAUCAGGAUUUGGCAGCCAUAAACAGAGGAAUUUCGGGCGUAAAUAUUUGGCCGCCUUGACUGGGACAGAGACAGGGAUGAGCGAUUUGCAUGAGAGGAAAGGCCAUGCUCCUAGCCUAAUCUGUUGAUUGUUCUAAGUUCAUCAUUUACAUUUGGCUAUUUGGUUUUUCUUUUUGUGAUAAAGGUCUAAAAUGGAAAAGAAAAUCUAGAUCCUAGUAUUCACACCUCUUUUCCUCGUAAAAACCGUUCCUAAGAACAUCAAUAUGAUAAUUUUAUAGGGUUUAAGAACAUCACGACGUUACGUUAAUUUUUUUUUUGGUAGUCUGUACCCCUAGAAAUUUCCUAUUUGUAAAAUUUACAUGCAAGUGUAAUUAUUUUUAAAUCUGAUAUCCCACAUAAACUAAGGUCGCUGUGUGUUGCUCUGAUGGUGGUCAUUGCUCAUAGGUAUUUGCUUUUAUGCUCGACGACUGACGUGCAUGUAGUUCGUUAAAU